AUGUCCUCCACCGGCCUGGAGAUCUUGGGCAUGAUCCUGGCAGUGGCUGGAUGGCUGGGGGUGAUGGUGGCCUGUGGUCUGCCCAUGUGGCGAGUGGCUGCAUACAUCGGACAGAACAUUGUCAUUUCGCAGGUGAUUUGGGAGGGCCUCUGGAUGAAUUGCUCGGUGCAGAGCACAGGGCAGAUGCACUGCAGGGUGCAUGACUCGAUGCUGGGGCUGCCUGUGGACCUGCAGGCUGCCCGAGCCCUGGUCAUCGUCUCUUUGGUGCUGUCCAUAAUUGGUAUCGGUCUUUCGGUGGCAGGGGCUAAGUGCACCAACUGCAGCCAGGACGUGAAUGGUAAAUCUCGCUUCAUGGUUGCUGCAGGAAUCACCUUUGUUGUGGCGGGACUGCUGAUUCUGGUGGCCGUGUCCUGGACGGCACAAGCCAUUGUCAUGGGCUUCUAUGAUCCCAUGCUGGAGGAGACAGGGAAGAGGGAUUUUGGGAACGCUCUGUACUUCGGCUGGGCUGCCUCCUGUUUGCUCGUCCUUGGGGGAGCAAUGCUCUGCUGCUCCUGUCCUCCCAGAGCAGUGCGGGCUCAGAGCGGGUCAGCACCUCCUCGAAUGGACUACUCUGCACUCAAGUCUGUGACAGCCAACGGCUACACUAAAAAAGACUAUGUGUGA